UUGGAAGGAGCGUCCAGCUGCGGGAAGAGAUGUGCCAGCCCCAGCCGCCGCUGCUGGCCCUGCUGCUCCUGCUUUCCUCCUGCCCGUGCGCCGACGGCAGUGCUCUACGGGAUCAGAUUGUGGGGGGCCACGAGGCUCAGCCCCACUCCCACCCUUACAUGGCGUACCUGAAGUUAGGGACGUCAUCCUGCGGAGGCUUCCUGGUGGCCCCUGACUGGGUGAUGACAGCCGCACACUGCACGGGGAACGCCACAGUCAUCCUGGGGGCUCACAACAUCCUCGCACCAGAAACGACCCAGCAGGUCCGGGGAGUUGUCAGAUACCACCCGCACCCGGAAUACGACCCUGACACCGUGUCUAACGACAUCAUGCUGCUCAAGCUGACGGCGAAGGCCACACUCAAUGACUAUGUCAAGACCAUUCCACUGCCCAAGACCAGCAGCGACCUCCCCACGGGCACCAAGUGCAGCAUAGCCGGCUGGGGCAUGAUCGAUAACGACCAGGCGACCAACAGGCUCUUUGAAACCAAAGUCUCCAUCUACAGCCGCAGGAAAUGCAUCCGCUUCUAUCCGCAUCUCAGCACCGGCAUGGUGUGUGCCGGCAGCUUCCACGAGCUGAGGGAUUCCAGCCAGGGAGAUUCUGGCGGGCCCCUGGUAUGCAAGAAGGUGGCACAAGGCGUCGUUUCCUUCGGGCACAACAGCCCGCCCGGCGUCUACACCCGCAUCUCCAACUACCUGCCCUGGAUCAAAAAAAUCAUGAAGAAGUAGCAGCAGCAGCAGCAUUUGCUCCAGCAUCGGUGCGGCCCUGGAGACUGCGCUGUUUUCCUUCCUGCCCCUGCCGAAGGCUUGACUCCCUCCUCUCUCCUCGGGAACCCGAGUCACCCCAUCAGCGCACACAAGGGUCCCCUUCUUGCUGUUCGGAGGCUGCUGGCUGUCCCACUCGCUGCCCAUCUCGGGCAGCCAGCUCAGGGCCGCGUUAAAUCCCCUGGCAGAAGCAGGGAUCGUCCCAGGUGGCACCGAAAAAGGCUGUGCUACAACGGACCCCGUUUCCUUCCGAGAUAACCCCGUCCCUGCUUGAACCUUACCGCACUUCAGACACCCACAGUAAACUCAGAGCUGCGCUUCCCCGUGUACGUCUUAUUUCCCGUACCUUGCCCCGGGGAGAAAGGAGGGGGGUCUGGGUGG